UCUUUGUACUGUGAGUCAUGCACUUGGUUUAAGCUCAGAUUUGCUUUCAGCAAGAGUUAAUCAUGAAGACUGUGAAAGGCUUCUGUGUCCUUUUCAUGCUGCAUCUGGGUUUCUUUGACUCUGGAAGGACUGGGAAAGUACUUGUAUGGCCCAUGGAUUUCAGUCACUGGAUUAAUUUAAAUGUGAUUCUGGAAGAACUCCGCCAUCGUGGGCACGAGAUAACUGUCCUGGUACCUUCACCAAGUCUCCUGCUUGAUCAUACCAAGAUUCCUUUUAAUGUGGAGAUCCUCCAACUUCCAGUAACUAAAGAAACUCUCAGGGAAGAACUCGACACAGCUCUCUAUUCAGCUUCUUUUGAACUGCCAAAUCUCUCCUGGUGGGAAAUGCAUAUAAAACUGACAAAAAUAGGCCAAAGUUUUUUUAGAACAAUGAAAAGAAUAUGUGACAGUGCUAUCACAGAUAAGGAUUUACUCAGCAGACUACAGGCAGCUAAGUUUGAUAUCUGCUUGGCUGACCCUUUAAGCUUUUGUGGGGAGUUAGUGGCUGAGCUCCUCAAUAUUCCAUUUAUAUACUCUUUCCGGUUUUCCUAUGGGAAUGUCAUUGAGAGAUGGUGUGCUGGGCUUCCGAUGCCUUCUUCCUACGUUCCUGGAAGUACAUCAAGACUGACAGACAACAUGACUUUUGUACAGAGGCUGGAGAAUUGGUUAUUGUACACACUAAUUGAUAUGCUGUAUUCUUACUAUGUAUUUCCGGAAUGGGAUGCAUAUUACAGCAAGGUUUUAGGAAAACCUACCACAUUAUGUGAGACUAUGGGGAAAGCUGAAAUGUGGUUGAUUCGAACUUACUGGGAUUUUGAAUUUCCUCAACCAUACUUACCUAAUGUUGAAUUUGUUGGAGGACUGCACUGCAAGCCUGCGAAGCCCCUACCGAAGGACUUAGAAGAGUUUGUCCAAAGCUCUGGAGAAGAUGGAGUUGUGGUGUUUACUCUGGGGUCAAUGAUCAGAAACCUCACGGAAGAAAAGGCCAAGAUGAUUGCAUCAGCCCUUGCCCAGAUUCCACAGAAGGUUCUGUGGAGAUACACAGGAAAGAAACCAGAUACACUCGGAGCCAAUACCCGGCUGUAUGAAUGGAUUCCGCAAAAUGAUCUUCUUGGCCAUCCCCAAACCAGAGCUUUUAUCACUCACAGUGGAACCAAUGGGGUCUAUGAAGCUAUUUACCAUGGGGUGCCUAUGGUGGGAAUUCCCAUGUUUGGUGAUCAGCAUGAUAAUGUUGCUCGUGUAAAAGCCAAAGGGGCAGCUGUUGAAGUAGACUUGCCCACAAUGACAAGUUCUGAUCUGCUUCAUGCUUUGAAGGAGGUUAUUAACAACCCUUCCUAUAAAGAGAACGCUAUGAAGUUAUCAAGAAUCCACCACGAUCAGCCUGUAAAGCCCCUGGACCGAGCAGUCUUCUGGAUAGAGUUUGUCAUGCGCCACAAAGGAGCCAAGCACCUGCGACCAGCCCUCCACGACCUCACCUGGUACCAGAACCACUCUCUGGAUGUGAUUGGGUUCCUGUUGGCCUGUGUGGCAACUGCUGUGUUCGUCAUCACAAAAUGUUGUCUGUUUUGUUGCCUGAAGUUUGGUAAAACUACAAAGAAGAAAAAGAGAGAGUAGGGUUUUUUAUUAAUGAUUUGACUGGAAACCUUGGUAGGGUCCAUCCGAAUUAAUCCAGCUACUGAUUUGAACAGAUUCCUCUCCUGCUCUUCUGGGUUCUUGUCCAUUCCUCAGCUUAUCAAGUCAACUGUCAAAGACAACACGAAAAUGUGCCACAUGAUUUAGCACUAAUGUUUAAAAUAAUCUAUUCGUUGAAAAGAGAAGAUAAACAAAUAAACA